ACCCUUUCUUAAAUUCAAAUCUCUUGUGCGACGUUAAGAUCCUUCGUCUAAAUGGGGAGGGCACAACUAGGGUUUUGAGAGGCGGCUGCGUGCGGAGGAGAGGGAAGGAGUCUUCACUCAAGCAGCUCAGCGAAGAUGGGUAUUUCCAGAGAUUCCAUGCACAAGAGGCGCAGCACCGGUGGAAAGAAGAAAGCCUGGAGGAAGAAGCGAAAGUAUGAGCUUGGUCGCCAGUCUGCAAAUACUAAGCUCUCAAGCAACAAGACUGUCAGGAGAGUUCGUGUAAGAGGAGGCAAUGUGAAGUGGAGGGCCCUGAGGUUGGACACUGGGAAUUAUUCUUGGGGCAGUGAAGCUGUUACCCGCAAGACUCGUAUUCUUGAUGUGGUUUACAAUGCCUCAAACAAUGAACUUGUCAGGACACAAACUCUUGUCAAGAGUGCAAUUGUCCAAGUGGAUGCGGCUCCAUUCAGGCAAUGGUACCUUCAGCACUAUGGUGUUGACAUUGGUCGGAAGAAAAAGGUGGCAGCAAAGAAAGAAACAACAGAGGAGGGUGAAACUGUGGCCGAGGAAACUAAGAAGAGCAACCAUGUCAUCAGGAAGCUUGAAAAGCGUCAAAAGGAUCGUAAACUUGAUGCCCACAUUGAAGAGCAAUUUGGUGCUGGUAGAUUGAUGGCCUGUAUUUCAUCCCGUCCAGGUCAAUGUGGCAGAGCUGAUGGGUACAUAUUGGAAGGUAAGGAACUGGAGUUCUAUAUGAAGAAGAUUCAGAGAAAGAAAGGCAAGGGUAGUGCUGGGGCUGGUGCUGCCGCUUAAGUUAUUUUAUCUUGCGGUAAUCCACCAUCAGAAAUAGGUUGCGGUGCAGGUUUUUUUACUGUAUGUUAAUGAGAUGUAAUGCAUGUUGGGGAUUUCCUCAUUUUUGUUCCGGUGGUUUUAAUUUUUUCUAAAUGAAGCAGUGCUCUAUUUAUGACAAUCUGGCUAUAUGGAAUGAACAUUAGGUGGUUUGAUCCCA